UGGCCCUUUGGCCUGUUCCAAGUGUCUUAUCAAUUUAUUAAAUUGAAUACACAUUUUUAUUAGAAUUCGAAAUUCGUUUUCUAUAAAUUUGAAAUAAACAUUUUGUUGUUACAGUGAGUUUAAGUGCAAAAAUUAACAACUCAUAAAUCUGUCUUCGGUGGAGCAAACAUUUUAAUUUCCUUGCGUAUAGUUUAUCGUUUACCUGACCACCACGACUGUGAUCACAAUAUUUGAUUACUUUCAGCAGCGAAGCGAUACAGAAAAGUGGAUGUAACCGCGCGCGCGAUAUUAAAAUACACACCGAAAAAUAUAUAUAAAAAUAAUAGAACGUGUGUGUAAUGUAUUAACAUUGCACGGUCUGUGUGCUAAAGGUGAUAACUAGUUGAAAUAGAUUUUCUACAUAAAUUGUGCUAGUUGACCCACUGUUUGCUGAUAAAAUGAUCUACAAUGAAUCGUUCUUAUGUUCGAUAGUCGGUGAUGACUUCAAUAAAUAAUUUGUUUCGUUUCAAAUAAAUUUAUGACACGCAAAAUGGUAAUUUGAAAAUUGUGAAACGACGAGAUACCACAAAACUGUAUGAAUUAAAUGUAUCGGAAAACUAUGAAUAAAUUUCAAUAAAUCAUGAUUGAUGUACUACACUGGAGUGCAUAUAAAAUAAAUGUGAUAUUAAUUAUAAUGUUAAAGAGCAAGGUGUUGUGUGAUGUUGUUGGCAAAUUUCCGGUCGACGUUGGUCGAUCAUCAGCAGCAUCAUCAUCGGUCCACGAUUUCACCGAGUAUUUCAUCGAACACAACAUCACCGAAAAGGACGCGGGCACAUCAUUUCGAUUGCACGCAGACGAGCUACUUAAAAAAAAGGCACCGGCCUGGUGUGCACGUACCCCAUGCAAUAGUACUAUAUUAAAAUAUUGCCUCGGCAACGAAAUGCUACACGAUCAUUGCUGUUGCGAUUCCAGACAUGGCAAAGAACAGUUUCCUUGGCUGCCACAUUCUUGCUAUGUGGGCGAAUCAUGUAAACCCAGAACUGGCUCUUGCAUAUUAUACACGGAAAUAAGGGAAUGCUGUUGCGACCGAGCAAUAGCAAAGCAAUGGGAAACAGUUUUUUCGUCUUCAACACGUUUUGCUGUACAAAUGUCUUUCACUUUAUUUUUAUAUGUUUUGGCUUUUGUAAUGUUAUGACUGUGAUUCUGUGAACAUUCACACAAAAAAAAAACAAAUGAAGAGAAUAUUUGAAAGCGACGCCAUCAGUCUUUGAAAGCAGCCAUGAAAAUUGUAACGUUUGUGUUACAUUAAAAUUUAGAAUAAAAAUUUUAAUUGUGAAAAGUGGGA